CUGCCGUCGAUCGCGUGAGUUCCAUUUUUGCAACGACAUGCCCACGACUCAAGACAACAUCGACGAGCUCUGGCGUGCGUUCGACCGCGAGAACUCGGGGACGCUGCACUCAUCCUCGGCAGAUGAGCUCGUCCGAGCAGUAAAGGAUGCCAUGGAGCGAGACGGCGUCCCCGACAGUGGUGCCAAGUCGCUCGUCCUUGCGUUCAUCGUUCACUUGUAUGUGCGUCUGUUCAGUAACGUGUAGUGCCGUCCUUGCACAACACCAACUAACUUAUACAUGCGACUGUCGCUUCCGUGCAUUCGUGUGCAAGUUGAGCACCGUCGACUGCGCACAUGCUGCAUGGAAGGUCAGGUUUUACCUCGGCGUCCUAGUUUCUGAUGCGACUUCUCUUCCGAUACCGCUGC